UUCUUGUCCGCUUUAAAGGAAGGAAACCUUGCCCUUCUGCAAAUCCCUGCUGGUCUCUCCUCCUUCGCGGCCAUGAAAGCAAUCAGCCCCGUCAGAUCAGUCAGGAGCUGCUACGAAGCCGUGUGCUGCCUCUCCGAUCAGAGCCUCGCCAUCACCCGGGGAACGAACAACAAGAGCCCGGCUCUGGAGGAGCCCAUGAACAUCCUUUACGACAUGAACGACUGCUAUUCCAAGCUGCGGGAGCUGGUGCCGGGGAUCCCGCAAGGCACCAAAGUCAGCCAAGUGGAAAUCUUGCAGCACGUCAUCGACUACAUCUUUGACCUGCAGAUCGUGCUGGAGGAGCAGGCGAAGAAGGGGCAAGAUCCAUCCGCAGCCGAGACUUCCCUACUCUCUUUAAAAGCUGCAGAGCUGGCAUCAGAACUUUGCUCAAAAGAGGAGAGGAAUCUCUGCCACUAACCUCUUAAAACAGACUGCAGGUGUGGGAUCCUGACACUUGGUUCUCUCCAGUGAGACAGAAGAUAGAAGAAGAGAGAAAAGACCUUGACUGGGGAAAGGAUCAGAUGUUUUAACCCCGUGCAUCCAGUAAUGGAGAGACCUCCCAUCAUUUAUCUUCCAGAUAAACUGUGGAACAUGGGUCUUGCCAGGCAGUUUCAGAUGCCUUGACUGGUCUUCCAGAAACAACUUUCUGCCCUCAACCUGUUGUUCUCUUCCAACUGCCUGAAAACAAAAUUUGCAAGCCAGAGGAGGGGGGGGCGGGCGGGUUGAAAGCAAGCCCACCUUUUAAUCCACUCUCAGAUUUAACUAUCGGAUUGCUGUAUUGCACAAGAAGAAACUUUGUGGGGUUUGUGUGUAUGUGUGUCGCGACGGAUUUUCUUUAUUUUUAAAAAAGCUCUGAGCCAUCAGAUUCUUCGCGUUGAUCCUGGUCGGGAGAUUUCUUAGUGAAAUCGCAAACUUCCAACAUUGCAACAGCUUGUGACAAAUGUGGACUGAUCUGUCGUUUGCUCAGAAAAAAGGGCAACAAAAAAAAAACUUUGCAGAUAUGCAGCUUGUAUGUAUAUUUUGGAUUAUAGUUUUUUAACAUCAUUUUUUUGGGGGGUGGAAGGGGACUUUCAAGAACAUGAAAACUGAGGUGUCUUGGGGCUGUUUCGCCUCAUGAUUUUUAUUGUUGAACUCUAUAAUAGAGAGAACACAUGUACCUUUUUUGGCAGGAAGGUUAAUUUCUGCAUCCAUGAAUUGUACUUCCUUUGGUAAAAAAAAACUUUUUAUAAAAGUUUCUUACAUAAUAAA